AGGCAUUAUUACAGACGGCUAAGUGCAGGGCUAUCAAAAGGACCCAAACAAAAUGUACCGGAAAUGUUGGGAGCAUGAAGUAAAUAUUGGUGUUAUUUCUUAAAUGAUCUGACUUCCAGCUCUUUCAGACUCCUCACUCACAGUGGAUAAAAUGAACAAUAUGUCCCCUGAGGUUGCACUGCACCGGAUCUCACCUGAGUUGCGGCCCUUGCUGUCCAGUGUUGUUCGAAACGGCCGUGUUGGACUCGACUCCACGAACUGUCUCCGUGUCACAGACCUCAAAACUGGAUGUACAUCUCUGACCCCCGGUCCCUGCUGUGAUCGCUUCAAACUUCACAUCCCCUAUGCUGGAGAAACCCUGAAAUGGGAUAUUAUAUUCAAUGCACAGUAUCCAGAAUUGCCACCAGAUUUUAUUUUUGGAGAAGAUGCCGAGUUUCUCCCUGAACCCUCAGAACUACCGCACUUAGUCCAGUGGGAUGCUGGGGACCCAGAGUGUUUGCUCCAGCUGGUGAAGGAGCUCAUCCAGCAGUACCAUCACUACCAAUGCCUGCGUCUGCGCGAAAGCUCCAGGCUGCUCUUUGAGUACGAUAGUCUGCUGGAGGAUCCCAACUACGGCCACAACAUGGAGAUUUAUGCCGGCCGCAAGAACAGCUGGACGGGAGAGUUUUCAGCCCGUUUCCUUCUAAAGCUCCCUGUGGACUUCAGCAACAUCCCUGUCUAUCUCCUUAAGGACACAGCGUUGGACCCUGGAGAGGACGUGGCCCUUCUCUCAGUGAGCUUCGAGGAUGCUGAGGCUACCCAAGUCUUCCCUAAGCUCUACCUUUCCCCCAGCAUUGAACAUGCUCUGGGAGACUCCUCAGCACUUCAUAUCCCAGCAUUCCCCAGUGGAGGAUGCCUAAUUGACUACGUCCCUCAAGUGUGCCAGUUACUCAACAACAAGGUGCAGUAUGUCAUCCAAGGCUAUCACAAGAGGAGAGAGUACAUUGCUGCCUUCCUCAGCCACUUUGGAAUGGGCGUGGUGGAGUAUGAUGCUGUGGGAUUCACAAAACUCACUCUUCUACUAAUGUGGAAGGACUUCUGCUUCCUGGUGCACGUGGAUCUCCCGCUGUACUUCCCCAGGGACCAGCCCACCCUCACCUUCCAGUCUGUGUACCACUUCACCAACAGCGGCCAGCUCUAUUCUCAGGUGCAGAAGUCGUAUCCCUACAGCCCUCGCUGGGACGGCAAUGAGAUGGCAAAGAGGGCGAAGGCAUACUUCAAGAGCUUCAUCCCUCAGUUCCAAGAGGGAGCCUUUGCCAACGGGAAACUCUAGUACUCUCACGCUUAAUGACAUGCCUGGAGAGUUGCCUGUGGGAGUGUGUAUGUGAGUGUGUUUGUGAACUAUUGUGUACCUGUGUACGAGUAUGCACAGACCUACAUUUGUGAAAUGUGCUGUACUGUAACAGUACAGUGAGAAUGACAGUGUGCGUAUUGCACACAGACUCUGUGAAUGGGUUCCUUUCAGUACAUUCACUUGUUAUUUUAGUUUUAGUAAGAAGAAAAGUAAGUUUCCUCCACCUCUAAAGGAUUAUUUGAAAAUAGCAGAGACAUGGACAUUGUGGUCAUUGUUUGUCUUGUUGCCAGCUCCCAGUAAAGGGCUUUUGUUUUGAAGACUUUACCAGGAGCAUGAUGUGACAACCUGUACAAUCUGCCUGUCCGACCUGACAAUAACUAGCAUUGUUUAAUUGUAUUGUGCCAAUGGUACGCCUGGCUUCACGCAGUCCAACCACAGAGGGUUGGGCUCACAACACUCCAUCCAGAGCUGCCGUGCUGUGACGGAUGUUUGUUGGUAUGUAAACAAUAUGUAAACUGUUAAUUACAUGCAAGUCACAAAGAACUGUAGGGGUGAUGCAAAAGACCUUUGUUUACCAUUUGUUGGACUUCACGAUUGUUAAGUUUGUCUCUACUAUCGAUGUUAAAAUGAUCUAAAAUUAGUUUUGCUUUUUAAUUGUCUGUAUGUUCCAUUUGACCGUUUAAAGCCCUGUGACUUCUUUUACUGACAGUCUGACAUUACUGUGAACUACUGAAUAUUUUGUCAAAACUUCUAUCCAGUAAAGAAUUCUGUUUCCCCUGA